UUUUUUUAUUCAAGUCGUCGGAUGGUAGUUGUUGUACUUGCGUGAACGUUGCUUCUAUCGUAUUAAAAAUAGCGGAGUUGAAUUUUAAUAUCUCAUAAAAUAAUUGUGCUGUGAUUUAUUAUAUUCUACUUUUAGAACACAUUUACUACAAUUAUUAUUAGUGUUUAAGUGUACAGUGAAAUUGUAACCUGCAUAAUUUGAACCUAAAUCAGUUCUUCCAUUGUCGAUGUUGUGAUCCUUGUUUUUGUGUUAUUUACCUGUGUUGACGAUGGCAGAUAAUUCUAAAUUAACCGAUGAAGAGAGGACUGAAAUCAGGGAGCAAUUUGCACAGUUGGACACAUCCGGCAAUGGUUAUAUCGACCUCAAAGAACUAAAGGAUGCUCUCGACAGUGUCGGAUACAAAAUACCACAAUGGAAGGUCCGAUGCAUGAUCGAGGAGUACUACGACAAUGGCCCAAAACACGGUCGAAGCGUCAACGGCAGCGUGAACGGAGACGCGCGCAAAAAUGGGAUUUCACUCAGUGAAUUCGAGGAAUUAUGUGCCAAUCUGAAGACGCAACAGGUUGCCAGUACGUUCAAACAAGCCGUGAGCAAAAAGGAAAAUUUGGAGCACUUGGGCGGUAUGAGCGAAGCAUCCAGCGAUGGCACAACCCACUCAGUGCGUUUGGAGGAACAAAUGGCUUUCUCCGGCUGGAUUAACAGCAACUUGGAACACGAUCCAGACCUGAAAUAUCUUCUGCCUAUAGAUCCUGAAGGCAAACAGCUUUACGAGAAGUUGAAGGACGGUCUCAUACUUUGCAAGGUCAUAAACCACUCGUGUCCUGACACCAUAGACGAGCGCGCCAUAAACAAGAAAAACUUGACUCUCUACACGAAGCACGAAAAUUUAACACUGGCGCUGGUGUCGUCGCAAGCCAUCGGUUGCAACAUCGUCAAUAUUGAUGCACACGACCUUGCUAAAGGCAAACCUCACCUGGUACUGGGUCUACUGUGGCAGAUCAUUCGUAUUGGUCUCUUCAACCAGAUCACUUUGGAACACUGUCCAGGACUUACUGAGUUGCUCAAUGAUCAGGAACGUAUCGAGGAUCUGUUGGCGCUAUCCCCGGAGGCGAUCCUGCUGCGCUGGGUGAACCAUCAGCUGCAAUCGGCGGGCAUAACGCGCCGCUGCACCAACUUCCAGCAGGACGUGGCCGACUCGGAGAUCUACUCGUAUCUCCUCAAACAGAUAGCGCCCGACGACGCCGGGGUCACGCUUGAUGCGCUACGGGAAUCCGACCUCCUGCGUCGCGCGGAGUUGAUGUUGCAGCAAGCGGCCAAGCUGCGGUGCCGCGCGUUCGUGACGCCAGCCGACGUGGUGGGCGGAGUGUACAAGCUCAACUUGGCUUUUGUGGCCAACUUGUUCAACCAGCAUCCUGGUCUGCAACGACAGGACGACCACGAGGAGUACCAUCAGCUGGAUGAGACCAGGGAGGAGAAGACGUACCGCAACUGGAUGAACUCGAUGGGCGUGGCGCCUCACGUCAACUGGCUGUACUCGGACCUCACCGACGGCCUUGUCAUCUUCCAACUGUACGACAUCAUCAAGCCCGGCAUUGUUGACUGGAAGAAGGUGCACCGGCAGUUCUCGAAGCUUCGCAAGUUCAUGGAACGGCUGGAGAACUGCAACUACGCUGUGGAGCUCGGCCGGCGGCUCGGCUUCUCGCUGGUCGGCAUCGCCGGCGCCGACAUCAACGAAGGGAACGCUACGCUCACGCUCGCUCUAAUCUGGCAACUGAUGCGCGCGUACACGCUGUCCGUACUGACACGGCUUGCCAACACUGGCAACCCCAUUAUCGAGAAGGAGAUCGUGCAGUGGGUCAACAACAAGCUGCAGUCCGCUGGGAAGACAUCCUCUAUCAGGAGUUUCCAGGAUGAAGUGUUGGCGGAUGGCAAGGUGGUCAUUGACUUGAUCGACGCAAUCAAACCGGGGUCCAUCAACUACGACCUUGUAUUACCUGGCGGCAAUGAGGAGGAGAACCUAGCGAACGCGAAAUACGCGAUAUCGAUGGCGCGCCGCUGCGGAGCACGCGUUUACGCGUUACCCGAGGACAUCACGGAGCGGAAGCCGAAGAUGAUCAUGACGGUGUUCGCGUGCCUCAUGGCGCUCGACUACAUCCCCACCAUGGACGCGCCCGUCGCCAAGCCGGAAGAAAUAGAACAGUCCACUUUCCUAGACGACUCUGUAGAGUCGGUGGAGAUCAUCGAGCAACCAGAAGACAGCUUCGACCAAGAGGAACCAGAGGACUUCGACGACUCAGGGUUCGGAGGCCAACAAGAGGUGUCAGGGAAGCCGCCCGUACCAAAGAGACCCAGUCAUUUAACAUUGCGGCUUCAUAGUAACGAAGUAGAAUAAUUUUUUUUUUUUUAUUUAAGUAUUAUAUGACGGGUCACGUCUGAAUUAGCUGUCAAUAUUAAAAAGUUAAAUAUUAAAAAACGAGGGUUGAUUCUGAGACGCUAUUUGUCUUCACUUAUUGGUAAAAUUAAAAUUUGAUACCACAACAAAAUUUUUAUUGUAAAAACCGAUAUAACCUAAAUUUCUAAUACUUUUAAAUCAAAACUAUUACAAAUUUAGUUUGUGACGGUUUAUAGAACAAUAAUUUAGCGAAGCUAUCAAAUUAAAAUAUUGGGUUAAGAUAAGUGAAGUGACACCUUGGAAUCGGGUCCUGUGUUAUCUAUAUAUUUUAUAUUAAUAGUUUAAAGCGCUUUUAUAAUGAACCAAAACGUUAAUCAUACAAAAAAUGUCUUAAGGUUUCUUAUUAGACUACUGUAUAGUAAAAAAAAAUUAGUGAUAUAGUAUUUGAAAACUUCAAAUCUAAAUAAGUAGAUGUGCAAUUCUUUGAACGGUUAACAUUUUAAGCCAAUAUAAUUCUUAAAUAAUUCCGAUUUUUUUUUGUAAAACAAACAAAUAAUAAAUAUAUUGCCAGAAUAUAGAAGCUUUUAACUGCACUAAUGAGGACCAAUCGGUGUUUUUUUGUAAGUCAAAAUAGAAUAAAAAAUGCGUAUUGCAUAAAAUUCUAUGCGCAGGCCCUAAAUUAUAAAUACCUAGGAAUAACCAAGUGCUAACAUUUUAUAAGUCGUACCCUUAUUUAUAGAUUAUUAUUAUUAUUAAGAUCUUUCAUAAACCUAUUUCAACUAGUGGUGUUUUUUAAAUUUUAAACUAAGAAUUAAGUCAAAAACAACUUUUCAAUGGAGAUAAAGACAUUUAUUUAUGUAUAAGGUUAAAAUAGGUUUAUUAAACAUGCAUAUUUUUAUGAAUAAAGGAUUUUUUUUUUAAAUAAAAUAGAAUAGUUUUUUAAAUAACUUAUAUGAGACGUGCCCUAUCCUAAGAGGAUUUAUUGUGCUUUUAUAUAUUAUUUAUUGCAUGAAUGUAUUAGAUUGUCUAUAAAUACAAAAAUUGUUUAAUUUUGGGCGUUUUUCUUAAUAAUAAGUCUGAGUGAUUAAUUACGAGAUACUCGAAACUGUAACUACGAUUUUAUAUGAAACUUCUAUACAGAGAAAUAUAAAAUGUCGCCAUUUAUUACUUUUAGAAAUAGACUAAGUAUAUAUUUUUUCUUUAAACAUUCUACGGGACCAAAUAUGGCUGAGAAACAAUGAUAAACAUUUUAACAUUGUGCUGUUAUGGGGUUAUAGUAGUAAGGAAUAUGAAUAGACGUAUACUCGUAAAGGUGGCGAUGAGAGGGGGGGGGGGCUUGCCACCCCAGAACUAUUGGAUUAUCUGGUGCUCAUCCCAGGAAACACAUUAUUCUAGAUUUUAUAGUACAUAUGCACUUUUUUUUUAUAGGAUCAGCCCCACCCCUUCCUAAAAAUAAUAUAAGUAAAAGGUAAGCAAGUUUUAUUGAAAUUGUCACAUAAAAACUCUAAAUAAAACUAGCAACAAAUCGAAACAUUUAAGCAAUUAGUUGUGUUUUGAUAUAUAUUUACUAAGUCAAUUUGUUGUGUUUACAUUGGCAGUAAGUUUUAUUGAAACAGACCAUACAUUUUUACUUUUUUAACAAUUUUCUUAUGAAUAUGGAAGGAAUUUAAUCAAAUUUGCAUAUUGAAGAUUAGUCUGUCGAUGUAGACUACGUUCGUCUCUAGUCUUGAUUAAUCACUAUAAUAGAUAUACAACACCUAAUAAUUUGUAGGUGUUAAUUCCAGGCACCGGUGACUGUGUACCAGGAACUUACACAUUAUUGAGGAACUUUCUACUAGGUGGCAGCACUGUGUAAUGUUCAUUCUUGCAUUUAAUAGUAUCUACUAAUAAAGCAUUGGUGAUAGUAAAUGUUAGGUUAUAAUUCUUUUUUUUUUUAUUUUUAAUAGCUAUAGAUACAAAAGGAACAUAUGUUUGUCGUAAUCUGAAGGCGAUUUCAAGUUACGACCUUAGCUAUAUUGAUUUUAUAUGCUGUAUCAGAAAAUAUAAGUACUUAUGUAUAUGUAAUUAUGUUUUAUGUACAAAAAAAUAUCCUCAAAGCACUAUAUAUCUAAUUUUCUGCACGACUGUGGGAUAGUACAUUAACAUUAUAAAAAAAUUAUGUAGAUGCCAAUAGCCGUGGUAAAUAAAAAAAAAAUUGUUUUGAUAAAAUUAUAUUUAUAUUAUUUUUAUUAAUUCCAUUUAUGAUUGUAUUUUUAUAUGUCAUUUUUAAUACACUGUUUUUUAACA